GCCCAUCCUUACGCUGUCAAGCUCCCGUCCCGUCGCUCACUCGUUUCUAUCGGCAUCCCGAACCAUCGCGACGCGCUUGCCGUAUACUUUCGCUGGGUGCGACAACGAUACUAUCGCGCGGAAGUUGUAAUGCGCGCAGAUUUGGCUUCCUCCGUGGAGUCGGUGGCCAGCUCAAGCGACGCAUCCAGUGGGGAUGAUGAGAGCGACUUUGCGCAGCAUCGUCCGAGGUUCCAACGCGAUACCAAGAUGCUUAGCAUCGACCUACUAAGCAUUGGUGCGAGGUUUGAAGAUGAAAGUAUCGCGCUGGCGUACCCUGGCGAGAUUGACGUUCGUGGCUGA